CUUCUGCCUAAAAUGGCCAAGCAAAAUUGCCCAUCACUAGUUGAGGUCGUAAAACGAGUUGCAGAGCAACAGCAUUCGCAAGCGUCAGAGAUAGAAAAAAGCAAAACAGUUCUUUUCCAGUUGCAGGCAAAGUUUCAGGAACUAGAAAAAGAAAUGGAUUCUAUUAAGUUGGAAAUGAAGAUGACAGAAAGGGAAAUAUAUCUGAAAGAUGAUGCCAUAGAAGUGACAAAAUAUCACUGUGAAAAUCUGGAGGCCCAAAUCAGAGCUCUAUAUUCUGAAAAUUUAAAGCUGAGACAUGAUGCAGAAACAGUACAAGAAGAGUUUGAGAUGACACUUGCAAGAAAUAAUGAAUAUCGGGAAAAAAUAAAGGCUCAUAAACAUCUCUUUUGGGAAAUGGAAAGUAAAAUGCCUGUAAUGAUUGAGCUUGCUGAGAAGAAAGCUGCUGUUAAAGAAUUAAAGGCAAAGAAAGAGGAGUUAAUGUGUGAUCUCCAGAAUCCAGAAGGAUCUGUUAUAAAACAAGUGCAGGAGGAAAUUGCACUUUUAAGAGGGGAAAUCACAACACUGGAAGAGUUCAUCAGUAAAAAAACAGAUCUGCUGGAAGAAGAGAAAAAAAAGCAUGCUAAGCUUAGAAAAGAAAUUGAGGUACAGAAUAAAAGAUACGAUGCUAUUCUAAAACGUUUGCAUUGCCAACUGAACAAACUCCAUUCAAAUAAAAGACAAUGGCACUGGAACAUCCAGCAGUUGGAGAAGAAGGCUGCGGAAUUAAGGAAGUGUCUUGGGCAGAUGGAGUUGCAAAGCAGCAUGUAA